AUGGCUUCUUCUGAUCGCGCCAUCGUUCUUAUCGGCGGAGGGUGGCACCCUACGGCCUCCUACGAGAAGUUCCAGAGCGCGCUCGAAGCACAGGAUUAUAGAACCCCUACAGCUGACCUCUACACCGAUAGCGAGUUUAUCCGUUCCUAUGUGGAGGGCCUCGUUGAGGCUGGGCGACAUGUGGUCGUCCUGAUGCACUCUUACGGCGGGCAAGUCGGCACCAAUUGUUUAGUGGGACUUGGAGCAGAAACGAGAAAACAACGAGGACUGACCGGCGGAGUGACGCGGUUGGUUUAUAUCGCUGCAUUCGCCGUCACCGAGGGAAGCACUGAUGCCAAAAUUGCGUUCGACUUUGCCGACGAUGAUACGUGUGAGAGUCGGGACCCGAAGAAUUUACCGGUGGGACCAAGCCAUCCCGAAGAGGAGCUUGAAGCCUACGUGGCCGGGCUGGCGCGGUGGAAUGGCAAAGCAAUGUACCAGGGGACUCGACAGUGUGCGUGGAGAGAGAUCCCCGUGUCCUUUGUUUAUGCGACGGCGGAUAUGACGGUUCCAUUCGAUUAUCAAAAGUUGUUUGUGGAGAAGAUGCAGGGGCAGGGCAGGGAGGUGGAGACGUUUUCGUUGGAUACGGGGCCUUGCCCUACUUUUACCAAGGCCAGUGAGUUGGUGGAGAUUGUACAUGGCGUUGUUACACGGGCUUGA